GAAGAGCAACCUUUAAUAGAAGAAGAAAAAGAUCUGCGAUGGCCAGCCACAGGGGAUUGAUUACUGGUGUGGAUCUGAGAAGUCAUGAAAACAACUUGGCUCACCGCACAAUCGAGAUUGAUCAGGAGCGCCUGAUUGUCCGCAGGGGUCAACAGUUCUCCAUAACUUUGCAGUGCUCUGACUCUCUGCCACCAAAACACCACCUGGAACUGGUCCUGCACCUUGGUAAGAAAGACGAGGUGGUGAUCAAGGUUCAGAAGGAGCGUGAGGACGGAGACAAGUGGUGGUUUAACCAGCUGGGAGCGCAGGAUGAAAUACUGCUGACUCUGCACAGUCCAGCGGAUGCUAUCAUUGGCAACUACAAUCUGGCUGUGUUGUUAAUGUCACCAGAUGGAAGAAUUUUAGAGAAGACUGAAAAAAUUGGAUUCCACCUGCUCUUUAACCCUUGGUGCAAAGAUGAUGUUGUGUACCUCCCUGAUGAAAGUCUGCUCCAGGAGUAUGUUAUGAAUGAAGCUGGAAUAAUUUUCAUGGGAGACUCGGAUUACAUCAAAAGCAUUCCCUGGAAUUAUGGACAGUUUGAGGAUUAUGUGAUGGACAUCUGUUUCAAAGUUCUGGACAACUCCAAGGAUGCCCUGAAAAAUUCAAAGACGGACAUUGAGAAAAGAUUUGACCCCGUCUACGUCGGCAGGACAAUCACUGCAAUGGUGAACUCUAACGAUGACAAUGGUGUGUUGGCUGGCCGCUGGGAGGAGCCGUACUCUGAUGGAGUCGCACCGUAUCGAUGGACCGGCAGCGUGCCGAUCCUCCAACAGUGGAGCAAGACUGGUAUCAAGGAAGUCAAAUAUGGCCAGUGCUGGGUGUUUGCUGGUGUCGCCUGCACAGUGCUGCGCUGUCUGGGAAUCCCAACGCGCCUCAUCACUAACUUCUCUUCAGCCCAUGAUUCUGAUGGAAACCUCUUAAUAGAGUUUAUGCUGAAUGAAAAUAUGGAGACAAUUGGCAGGAAGGACAGUACCUGGAACUUCCACUGUUGGGUUGAGUCCUGGAUGAAGAGAGAUGAUCUCCCCAAAGGGAAUGACGGCUGGCAGGUUUUGGACCCUACCCCUCAAGAACGGAGUGAUGGUGAGUUUUGCUGCGGCCCAUGUCCAGUGACAGCCGUCAAGGAGGGAUAUCUGGGAGUGAAGUAUGACACUCCUUUUGUCUUCGCUGAGGUGAACGCAGACAUCAUCUACUGGAUGGUCCAACCAGAUGGCAAAAAGCAGAAGUUUAAAGUGGACCAGAGUGACGUGGGGAAGAACAUCAGCACCAAAAGUGCUUAUGGCGACAUCAGAGAGGACGUCACUCUACACUACAAAUACCCAGAAGGCUCCAAGAAGGAGAGAGAGGUGUACGAGAGGGCAGGACGACGGUUCACAGAGCCGAACAAUCGCAACACAGAAACAGGAAAACUGCAGCUGUCAAUCAAGCAUGCUAAGCCUGUAUUUGGGACAGACUUUGAUGUAAUUGUUGAGGUGAAAAAUGAAGGAAGCAAAGACACCAAUGCUAAGCUGACCAUUGUGGUGACAGCUGUAACUUACAAUUCUCUCCAUCGUGGGGAGUGCACCAGGCAGACGUCCAGUGUGACUGUGCCAGCUCACACAACCCAAAAGGAAGUCCUGCGUCUGCGGUAUGACGACUAUUUCAAGUGUGUCUCUGAGCACCAUCUGAUCAGGGUGAAAGCCUUCUUAGAGGUUCCAGGGGAGAACGAACCCAUCAUGACCAAGGCCACCAUUCCACUGACCAUGCCUGAACUCCUCAUACGGGUGCCUGGGAAGGUUGUCGUCCAGGAACAAGUGACAGCCUACAUCUCUUUCACCAAUCCUCUAUCUGUCCCACUGAAGGGUGGUGUGUUCACUGUGGAGGGGGCCGGUCUACUGUCUGCCUCUGAGAUCCCUGUUAAUGGGGAUAUUUCUCCAGGCCAGAAGGUGUCCGUCAAGGUUUCCUUCUCACCCAUGAGGGUUGGGGUGAGGAAGCUCCUGGUAGACUUUGACUCUGAUCGGCUGAAGGAUGUGAAGGGAGUCGCCACUGUGGUUGUCCGCAGGAGACAAGCGUUUCCUGGAUUUAAUUAAAAAUGUCUGAGCUGACUAAAACCAACACAUCUUAAAUUGUGAGAUAAUGUGAGAGGAGUAGCUGCCCUGUUUGAAUGUAAAAGAAUGGGACCCGAUGAAAACAAAAUAAACAAGGUGACCGCCAAAAUGAAAGCAGUGGCUGAAUAUGAUAAAAGUUAACUGUAUUGGUAGAUUAGUUUUUUAAAUGAUAGUUGUCUUCAAGGAUGACCAUGUCACAAAGCAAUACUGGAAACAGUAUUAGUUUUAAGACACUAUGUGUCAGAUUUGAACAUUUCUGACUUUGCAUUAUGCCUGCCACUAGAUGCCCAAUUGGAAAUGCACAGAAACACAACAGGUAACAGCCUCCACUCCAAGUCCUCACUGGUCUUUAGUUCCUGACUAUUAAAUUUAAUGAAACCCAUCAGGGGCCUCAGUCAUGAGCUGCAGGGUUAAAAACAUUUUUCCUAUAUGCUUUGUCAUUGUUGAAAUGUAUCCGCUAAAAGAAAAUCUGUAGUUGUAUGUUUUGUUUCUUAAUUAUCUGUUUGCACUAUUUCCAAUACCAUUUUACCAUCAGAAUAAACAACCAUUUUUUAUUAUUUAAUCUUAAAAUGUAUCUAUUUUUAUAAUAAUUUGGUCUGUUCAAGCUGAUAUGAAACUGCAUUCUGCUAUCAAUAAAGUUUUUUUCAGAGAUUCGC